AUGGACAUCAGCUGCAGUGUGGACGUCGGUUGUGGGCUCUUCAAUACCUUCACAUUUGACUUGUCAUGGUGGACCAGCACUGAUGUGGAAGCGGAGGAAUAUGAAGCUUGUCAUUGCUUCGAUGAUUUGCCCACAGAGUUGAUUGGGCAUGCUUCUGAGUACCUCAUUGCGAAUGUGCCGCUGCGAGCAGCAUCCUCUGCAUGUCGUCGUACACUACCUGCAGAGGAUGUGCUGAGAAG